CUAAGGAACACGUCCGUCGGAAUCGACAGAGUCGUACCUUUUUGGUGGAAAAUGUCAUAGGAGAGAUCUGGUCCGAACUGGAGGAAGGCGACCGUUACAUCGUUGUUGACAGUGGAGGUGGCACAGUGGAUAUGACUGUCCAUCAGAUCAGGCUCCCUGAAGGACAUCUUAAGGAGCUAUACAAGGCAACAGGUGGGCCAUAUGGUUCUCUGGGUGUGGACUACGAAUUUGAAAAGCUCUUGUGUAAAAUAUUUGGAGAAGAUUUUAUUGAGCAGUUUAAAAUCAAGCGUCCAGCUGCCUGGGUAGAUCUGAUGAUAGCCUUUGAGUCCCGUAAGCGGGCAGCAGCUCCAGACAGGACCAAUCCACUAAACAUCACUCUGCCUUUCUCCUUCAUUGACUAUUACAAGAAGUUUCGAGGUCACAGUGUAGAACAUGCCUUGAGGAAAAGCAAUGUGGACUUUGUGAAGUGGUCCUCCCAGGGAAUGCUGAGGAUGAGCCCGGAUGCAAUGAACGCUCUUUUCAAACCUACAAUUGACCAGAUUGUCCAGCACCUUAGUGACGUGUUUGAUAAGCCAGAAGUGACCAACGUCAAGUUUCUGUUCCUGGUGGGUGGCUUCGCUGAAUCCCCCUUACUCCAACAAGCUGUCCAGAGUGCUUUUGGUUCAAGAUGUCGAGUCAUCAUUCCCCAGGAUGUGGGGCUCACUAUCCUCAAAGGAGCUGUUCUCUUUGGGCUAGACCCUGCUGUCAUCAAAGUGCGGCGUUCACCGCUCACCUAUGGCGUGGGUGUGCUCAACCGGUUCGUGGAAGGGAAGCACCCACCGGAGAAGCUGCUGAUCAAAGAUGGCACGCGCUGGUGCACCGAUGUCUUUGACAAGUUUAUCUCAGCCGACCAAUCUGUAGCCCUUGGAGAAACUGUGACGCGCAGUUACACACCUGCCAAACCUUCUCAGUUAGUAAUAGUGAUCAAUAUCUAUAGCUCAGAACAAGAUAAUGUCAGCUUCAUCACCGAAUCUGGAGUGAAAAAGUGUGGCACCCUUCGCUUGGAUCUCACAGGAACUGAUGCUUCAGUGCCAAACCGGCGGGAGAUCAAAACACUUAUGCAGUUUGGGGACACUGAAAUCAAAGCCAUGGCCAUUGAUGUUGCCACCUCUAAAAGUGUCAAAGUCGGUAUUGAUUUCUUAAACUACUAGUGGCCCAUUUUUCCC